AUGACGGAUAAUGAGAGUAUAUCAAAUACUAAUGGUGUAACUUGUGUAGCAUGCAAAAUGACUGAAGAAAUCUUAUAUGUUAUUGAUCAAUUAAUUCUACAACCUGAAGCAUUAUGCUCAAUGUUUAUAAAACAUUGCAAAAAUUCAAGAAUGGAUACAUCAUUGUGGAAUAUCGCAUUGCCACCAAAACAGCCAGAUCAAAAAUAUCCAACUUAUCCGGCUAUAAGAGAGAAAAAUUUGCGUGUAUUACAUAUUACUGAUUUACAUCUCGAUCCAAAAUAUGCAGCAGGUUCGGAAGCUAAUUGUAGCAGUGAACUUUGUUGCCAUAUUGAAACGGAAUCAAAUGGAACAAGAAUAAGACAGCCAUCUGGUUACUGGGGUACAUCUGCCGCAUGCGAUAUGCCUUAUCGAACGAUAGAAAAUAUGCUGCAAAAUAUUCAAAAACUUGAUAAGAUUGAUUAUAUAUUGGUCGGAGGUGAUUAUGAAUCACAUAUGGAUUGGGCAUAUACCAAAGAAAAUCACUUGAAAAUAAUUCGAAAUCUUUCGACACUUUUGCAUAAUUACUUCGAGAAUACACCAAUCUAUUGGACAUUGGGUAAUCAUGAAGGUGUUCCCGUUAAUAGUUUUGCACCGCGUUAUAUCCCGGAGAAGUAUCGUUCACAAUGGCUGUACGAUGAGUUGGAACAUAUGCAAAAGCCGCUUCUUGAUAUGAAAUCAAUUGAAGAUGUUAAAUACCGCGGUUCUUACGCAGUACAACUUCAUCCAGGCCUAAGACUUAUAUCAUUGAACAGUGCUUACUGCGAAACUUCCAACUUUUGGUUACGCAUUAAUGAAACGGAUCCGGAUGGCACUUUAAGUUGGUUAGUUGCGGAACUUAAACAAGCGGAACAUGAUGGUCAAUAUGUGCAUAUUUUAUCACAUAUACCACCUGGUGAUGGUGAAUGUCUGGAAAGUUGGGCCAGAAAUUACUAUAAAAUUAUAGCAAGAUUUUCAAAAACGAUUCAAGCACAAUUCUUUGGUCACAUUCAUAUUGAUAGUUUUACAGUAUUCUAUGAAAAUAUGAAUGAUGAUUCAACAAAACCAAUUAGCGUACUUUAUGCAACACCAAGUGUGACAACAUUUAAAUAUCUUAAUCCAGCUUUUCGAAUUUAUGAAAUUGAACCUGGCAAUAAUUAUCGUGUAAUUAACUUUCAUACUUAUUUUCUAAAUCUUACAAAAAUUGGAAUAAAUACAACAAUACCACCAACAUGGGAAUUGCUAUAUUCAGCAAAGGAAGAAUAUAAUUUAAAUGAUUUGAGUCCAACAAGCUGGGAUCUUUUAAUCAACAAAAUCGUUUACGAAAAGUCAAUCUACGAUAAAUUUAUCAGAAAUAGUAUGCGUCGCGAUAAUGUCGUAUGUGAGGGAAAAUGUCGUUAUGAUUUCACAUGCAUUUUACGUAAAGGACAUCAUAAUACGACGUUAUGUAAUCAUCUUCCAUCCUAUGAUAGUAAUAUCAAACAGAAUUCGUAUAAGUCAUCCGAAAUUGCUGGCAAUACUGAAAAGCUGAAGUUUACCGUAACCGGAAAUCAACAGGAACAUGCCGAAAUUAUGAUGUUAUUAAAGAAGAAAUUGCGAUCAUUUAUUAUGAGAAGAUUUUUCCAAUUAUUUCUAUUUCCUCUAUAA